ACGAUCGAAAAUUCGAGUCGGCUUUCGAAGGAGAGAAUUGCCGAUGAUCUGAUUUGGUCCCAGUGGGACAUGCGAGAACAAAGACUCUUCUACAUUGUCACAAAGAAAGAACGGGACACAUUAAAUUGCAUCCAAUUUUACCCCAAUAAAGACUUUAAACUAAUACUCGAAGCACCUUUAGAGAUCUCUGUGGCUGACAUAAGAUUAAAAUCUGUGAACUUGAAUUAUAGUUGUUAUCAAGACCAAGAAGUUACACCCAAACCUUUGGACGUGCAUAUUUUUACCAGCGACACAGGAAGCUUGUGUUUGUGUUACAGUCUGGCCACUACGAAUGCCAAAGAAGUGACAUAUUCUGUGGCUUUCCUACACAAAGGUAAGUUUAUAUUCUCUCUUACAAAAUUAGCCAGAAUGUUAUAUUGA